UAAGUAUACAUUAGUGUUAGAGUCACUGCAAUGAACUAAGAACAUCUAUGUAGCUGUUAGCUUGCUCGUUAACUGCAGUGGUUGCAGGGUUUGGGUCACUUCAGGUGACAACAAAGUACACAGUUUAACGGCAGGUGACAGGGGUAACAGGCUGCAGUUCUUGAGCCAUGUCUGUGAGCUCAGCUCUACUGAACCGUCAUUUAGCUGGGAACUGCAGCAGAGUGUGGUGUGGUGUUUCUCGACCUCUUGUUCACAUCAGAUCCGCCAGUGCAGCCAAGCCAGGGACAAGAAGAUCUGAUGAAGAGUCAUUCUGGGAGGCAGGAAGCUACCUGCCAUUCUCUGGAGCCAAGAUCGGAUCUUUCUUUCAGGACAGACCUGUGCUGAAGAACCCGUUUCGUGAGGAUGCCUUACUCAGAGGAUACCUGAGGAGACACCUGCCAGAAGAGGCAGUAUCCUCAGACUUGUGUUCAUUUGGAGAGCGUGUGGCAGCUGAGGUGGACGAAUGGGGCCGUGAGUGUGAAGUUACUCCUCCUCGAUUGGUUCACUUUGACCCCUGGGGUCGCAGAGUGGACCACAUUGUGACCUCCCCGGCCUGGAAACGCAUGAAAGACCUGUCAGCGCAGGAGGGUCUUGUUGCCAUUGGAUAUGAGAGGUCAUGUGGGGAGUGGAGUCGUGUGUAUCAGAUGAGCAAGCUGUACAUCUUCUCCCCCUCCUCUGGUCUUUACACCUGUCCUCUGGCCAUGACGGAUGGAGCUGCUAAAGUCAUCCAGUCUUUAGGAGUUUCACAGCCAGUGGAUGAAGCCUACAGUCGGCUGACCACUCGUCAGCCUGAACGCUUCUGGACGUCUGGGCAGUGGAUGACAGAGAGACAGGGAGGAUCUGAUGUGGCCAGCGGCACAGAGACGGUAGCUGUUUCACAGACAGAUGGUUCAUACAAACUUCAAGGCUUCAAGUGGUUCACCUCUGCCACAGACGCUGACAUGACUCUCACUCUGGCCAGAACCCAGGACCAAACCGGAGCCACAACACCAGGUAGCAGGGGUUUGUCUUUGUUCUAUGCAGAGGUGUGCAGAGGUGAGGAUGGUCGGCUGAAGGGCAUUGAGGUUCAGAGACUGAAGGAUAAGCUGGGUACGAGACAGAUGCCAACAGCUGAGCUGCUGCUGGACGGCCUACCUGCACACAGGCUUUCAGAGGAAGGUAGAGGUGUGGCCUCCAUAGCUAACAUGCUAACAAUAACUCGGAUCCACAACAGCAUCUCUGCAGCAGCUGCAAUGAGAAGGCUGGUGCAGUUAGCUCGUGACUAUGCCACUCGCCGCACUGCCUUUGGAAAGCUCCUUAAAGACCACCCACUGCACAUGCAGACUCUGGCUAGGAUGGAGGUGGAGACCCGUGGAGCGUUCCUGCUGGUGAUGGAUGUGUGUCGUCUUCUGGGCCGAGAGGAGAGUGGCGUGGCAAGUCAGCUGGAUUCACACCUGCUGCGUCUGCUCACUCCUGUGGUUAAACUGUACACUGGGAAGCAGGCAGUGGCUGUUGUGUCUGAAGGUUUGGAAAGUUUUGGUGGACAGGGCUACAUUGAGGAUACUGGGCUGCCUGCAAUGCUUCGUGAUGCACAGGUGUUGAGUAUAUGGGAAGGAACCACAAAUGUUCUGUCUCUGGAUGUCUUGCGCUGUGUGGCUCGUAGCUCAGGAAUGGUUCUUCACGCUUACUUUUCUCACACUAAGUCUCUGCUUUCAGGUGCAGCAGGUGUUUCCUCAUUGGCCUCAGCUGUGAAAGCAGUAGAUGCUGCUCUGUCUGAACUGAAGGAUUUUGUUCAGUUAGCAGCUACCAGAGAACCUGGUUACUUGGAGUUAGCAGCCAGAGACCUAGCAUACAGCCUGGCUCGCAUCUACACAGGGGCUCUUCUUAUUGACCAUGCAUGCUGGAAAGGAGCCUCCUCAUCAGACACUUAUGCUGCUCUAAGGUGGUGUGAGCAGGACUUGUGCCCUGUGGCGACUAAACAGAGGAGAGGCUGCUAUGAUCCAAACACUCCUCCUCUUGAUGCUGCACUUGUGUACGACCGGCCAAUCCAGGACUGAAGGAGUUAAAUGAUAACUGAUUAAUCUGUGAUUUUGUCUGCUAUUUCUGUGCCUCACUCACUAUCAUCGUAUCAGAUCUUGCUGGUGUCAAACAUUUGUUAUGUUGUAAAUGACUAAGAUUGUGUUUCAUGAAGAAUUACACCUAUAUAUGAGUCAAUGACGUAUAAGGCUUUAUUCAUUUUAGUUGUGGCAUCUGACAUUUGCAACUAAUGUCAAAGUAAACCGGUAAAUACUUUUACACGUUACUUUUUUCUUGUUAGAAAGUGGAAAUAAAUAUUUUUGAAACAUUGAAUGUGUACCCGUCCACCUGUGACUGAAAAUGUUUUCAUUUUUACUGGAGAAGGAUCUACAAACCAUUUCAGUUGGCCAUGAGUGUCAGCUGGAAUCAGAUAAAUGACAAACUAUGCUACAAUCUGUUUUUAUCACUUCAUUUCAAAGUAAAAGCCCAAUGAUUAUAGUUUCACCACCCUGAUAUUUAAAAAUUUGCAUGAUACAAAAAAAGAUAUGUUUUCAUAACAUCUGUUUAAUUCAAAGAUUUCAGCCAUAGAAUAAUGUUGAAGUAUACUAAUUUGAGUUUGUCACCAUUAAAAUACCAUUUUUAAUAGGGUCAAUAAUCUGUUCAUUUACUUGGACGGUUGCACCACCUGACAUUUUUAGGGUUUUCGAUGCCGAAAUAUAAUCUGAUAAAAUACACUGAAAAGGUAUUCAAAGUAGUUUUCAUAAAACAAAUUGAAAUAUGUAAUGUACUAAUCUUUUUUUUUUUUUUUUUUCAAAAGGAAAUGUUAGAUGCUGACACAAAAAUAUGCAUAUCAUGUCAUUGACUCAUAUAUAAAUACAGCAAUGAAGCUGGAAAAUACGUUUCUAACACAUAGGGGAGAGUGGGGGGAUUUGUGCCAGGGGGAAGUAGUGCCACCCCUUGUUUCUAGAAAACCAUAGAAGAAAUUGGUCAUGUGACCAAAUAUUUUUAAAGAGCCAUACAUUUUACUCAUCCUGCAUAAAGGACAUACACAUGGCAUAAGAUGUAAGCACAUUUUAGCUCAAAAAACUGUUUUUUGCCUUUCAAAGUAAAAUUUCUAUGAUCAAGGUUUUUUGAUUCUUGUGUCUAAAGGUUUAUAGACAAGUUUGAAAACAUUUCUCACAUGUUUUAGUGCUUUAGUAGGCUACACAGUGAGUCUACAUAGUUAGCAUGAUGUUAGCUCUAAAAUGCUGGAUCAUGCUAGUUUUUUAAAAUGGAGGGGCUGGGGUGAUUUGUGCCAAAGGGCCUCGGUUAAGUUGUGCCAGUGGCACACCCACAAAACGCAGACCCACAGACACACCCAAACCCUGACACCCACACAACCAGACCCAAAUACCCACAAAUCUAGACCCACACAUGCAGACCCACACACCCAGAGACACAAGUCCCAGACCAACAGACCUAGACCCUAACCCACACACCCUCUCACCCAGACCCACACACCGACACAACCACCCUAACAAAUCAACACAACCACACACCGAAACCUACACACCUAGAACCCAACAAAGAAGGGCCAAGAACGUCUGGAGUAGUGAGGAGAUGGGCAUGCCUCAUCAGUGUUUGAUUUACCUCCCAUUUGUUUAAUUUAGCUAACACUGAUUUCAGUUUUGAGUUUGCACUAUGUUAGUAAAGAGCAGUUUUAUUCAGUUUUUAUGUGGCCUAAGCCACAAUGAGAUGUUCAGAAACUGGCCUAAAUCACUUUAUUCGUGUGUCACAUGAUUGACAGAUAGCGUUCUAUGUAUGUCAACAGGCAUCUAAUACCAAAGCCUUUUUGCCUGAAAUGAUUCACAAACAUCAAUAUUUUGUUUUAAGUUUUUUUGUGUUUUCCCAAAAACUAGAAAAUAUGUCUUAUGCCAUUAGUUUAAUAGGGUGAUGAUAUCUAAAUAAACCCCAAAUUAGUAAUUUUGUAUUGAAUUUGUCUUGCUUUUAUAUAGCAUUACAGUUUAUGAGAUUAAAAUGUUCUGUUUUACUUCAAUAAUGACUGGCACAAUUUACCCCAACGUAUUUUCACCAAAGGUACAAUUUACCCUGCACCGGGGGCAAGUUGUGCCACGAGACCACUUUUUUCUGAAAGCUAUAUUUCUCAAACAGUUUAUUUCAGAUCCAAUGUUAUUGUUCCCAGGGAUGCACCACAUCCUGAAAUAUAUCUAUAUACUUAAGUUGGAGGCAUUACUGUGAUGGCCUCACUUUAAAGUCACUUUGAGUAAAAACUGGCACAACUCACCCCACUCUCCCCUAAGUCUUUUCAUUUGUGUGAUUGUGGUUUUGCUACUUACCACUCUAUAUAAAGUAUCUAACAUGCAUUCUUGUCUGCAAUAAAUAUUGAGCAGUACAUUCAUUAUUUGAAUAAAUAGGACAUAAUCCCAGGUGCCAACGUAGAUUAAUUGCUGAUUAAACAGCCAGAUGAAGCAAAGAUAAACAAACCAGAAUAUAAACUGGAGCACAGGUCAAAAGCAAGAAGAGCUCUGACUGCAGGAGGGAGGGUCACUUACAUGCUGUGUUCAAGAACUGUUGAAGAAAUUGCUUAAAUCAAAACAAAAUGGUUUUGCAUUUUGUCCCUUUAUAUUGAGCUUUUCAUAAUUUGAUAAGAUAACUAAGCAAGUGCGAAAUUACAAUACAUAUUAUUUAGUUCGGGAGAUUUUUUUUUAAAUAAAAAACACUCACUAUAGAAAGAAGCUAAGAAAACGGCUAAACUAAAUGGACUAUUUAAAAUAAGGUAAGCAAACUGCUUUCCAGGCUGUCAGUGGUUGUAUUGUACUUUAGGAAUAUGUAUUUGGUUUGAUUAUGAUGAGCAAAGGGAUAAGUAAAGAAAUAAAUGCCACAGGUUGAGUCAU